CCGGGCUGGCCGGGGCGGGGAGCCGCGGCAGGGGAGAGGCGCCCGACGGGCGGACCAGGGACGAAGUGGGAGGAACAAGUUUCUGUGAAAAUGAAUAAUGCAGGGGAAGCUGCAGGGUUUGCUAUGAAGAGGAGAAUAAGUGACUGAAAGAAAGAGAUGUGAAAAGAAUGGCAAGCUGUGUCCCAUGACGACCUCACCCGCCAUGUUCUAUGGAUCUUCGUCCGCCAUGUCCCCACCUUCCAAAAACAAGCUCAAGCGUCAGAGCCGGAUAUUCUCUCAGGUCCUGUACCGGACGCUGAGCUAUAAGGACCGCAGCUCGGUGUCGGCUUUCCCCCUUGCAAGCAGCGAUGACCCAGCUGAACUUUCCACUCAGGUUUCAGCCCCUGGGGUCCUGAAGAUAUUUGGGGGCAACAUCUGCGCGGGCACCAACUACAAGAGCGUCCUUGCCACUGGGAGCUCAAGUGCGCGGGAGCUGGUGAAGGAGGCACUGGAGCGCUAUGGGCUGAGCAAAGUGGAUGCCGGCCACUAUGUGCUGUGUGAUGUCAUUGGGGUGUUCAGCGGCUCUGAGAAGCAGUGGCAAACGGAAGGGUUGCGCGUCCUCGGUGAUAAUGAGAAGCCCCUUCUGAUUCAGGACCUGUGGAAGCCCAAGGAAGGGUUCUCCCGGCGUUUGGAGCUACGGAAGAGAUCUGAGGUGGAGGAGCUGGCUGCGAGGGACGUAGACACGAUCACGGCAGGCAUCAAUGCCCAGGCUCGGAAGCUGCAGAGGAACCGUGCGAAGGGCACCAUGACCCUGCUGACAGGAUGCAAGCGACACUCCACGCCACCCACCCUCCGACGCAGCGUGAGCGAGACCAGCCUCAGUCACGUGGGCUCGCCGGAGGAGGAGCAGCUCAAGAGACAUUACUCCACGCUGCCCGAGACCAUCCGCGGCCUGGAGAGCUCGAGGGAUGAGCAGCAAGCCCCCACGGCGGAGCGGAAUGGCAGCAGCGUGCGGUACUCCCUCUACCAGUCCCCUCACCUCCUACUCCUGCAGGGCUACAGCUACCAGCACGAUAGCUUGGUUUACCUGCUGAACCGUGAGCAGCACACAGUGGGCCACAGGACUCAGUCCAGCAAACCCAGCAUCAGCCUCUUCGCCCCGGACAUCCUGCCCCUUCACUGCACCAUCAGGAGGCUCAAGCUGUCGAGCCGCUCCCGACACCGUUCGGAGGAGAAGCUGAUCCUUGAGCUCAUCCCGGGGGCCAGUGUGUCCGUCAACUUCUCCGAAGUGGUAAAGACGAUCGUGCUGCACCACGGAGACCUCCUGUCUCUGGGGCUUUACUACCUGCUUCUCUACAAGGACCCCACGAGGGCCCAGCCACUGCCUGCGCAGACACUGAUGAGGCUGAAAUCUAUGCAUGGUGCCUCGGACCCUGAGGCACCAGUGGUCUGUAAGAUGUGUGGCAGCCAGCUCAAGGAGAGGGGCCCCUCCUCCAAGAAGCACGGGCCCUCCCCCGCCUCAGGCCAAAGAUCAGCCAGGAAGAGGCUGCAGCUGGAGUUCGAGAGAGCUGCCGAGGACAUGCUGGUGAGAAGGAUCAUGACCUUGAUCGAGCCUGGGGGUGACGAUCACAAGUUGACACCGGCCUUCCUGUUGUGCCUCUGCAUCCAGCACUCCGCCACCAGCUUCGAGCCGGGCGACUUCGGCCAGCUGCUGCUCAAGUCAGCCAAGAUGAUUCAGAGGACAGUGUGGGAGAAAACGAAAGAGCUGGCCGAGAAGCAGUCCCAGCAUCAGGAUCCCGGAUCCCUGUCCCGCUUCACCGUCACAGACCUGGUCCCGGACCUGCAGCACAUUCUCUUCUGGAUGUCCAACUCCAUCGAGCUCCUGUACUUUAUCCAACAGAAAUCCCCCACCUACAUCCAGAGCCUGGAGGAGGAGCUGGAUGUCAAGGGUUCUAAGGAGUCUCUGUUCUCUUCAACCAUCACAGCCAGCGAGGAAGCCAUGACAGUCCUAGAGGAAGUGAUCAUGUAUACUUUUCAGCAGUGUGUCUACUAUAUCUCCAAGUCUCUGUAUGUAUCUCUACCUGCCCUCCUGGAGUGUAACCCCUUCCAGAGUGAGGGCCAGGAAGGUUGGCGGGCAUCAUCCCAGUUGCCUGAAGAAAUACGCAGAGUCGUGUUGAUCUACCAGUCUACGCUGGACCUGCUCCACCAGUAUGAAGUGCACCCUGAAAUAGCCUCCCAAAUGUUCGCCUACCUCUUCUUCUUCUCCAACACUCUGCUCUUCAACCAGCUCAUGGACAAAGGCUCUGCCUUGGGCUGCUUCCACUGGUCGAAAGGAGUGAGGAUCCGCGCCAGCCUGCGGCUCCUCCUGGAGUGGAUGCGGGGCGUGGGCUUCGGGCACCUGGCCGAGCAGUUCUUCAGCAAGCUCUCCAGCGUGGCUCACCUGCUGGCCAUGCCGAGCUCCCAGCUGGCGCAGAUGACCUGGCCAUUGCUGAGAGCCGAGUUCCCCACCCUGAGUCCUGCUCAGCUCCAUCACAUCCUGACUCAGUACCAGGCAGCGUCCGAUGUGGGGUGCGUCGCGGCCUGGCAGACCUGGCAGGAGGUCAGCCCUGCAGCCUUCAGGACAGACGAAGUGCUGGAGUCCUUUGAUAACCACCCGCCCAUCGUCCUGCCAAGUGGAGGAUUUAAGGUGGACUUGGAGGUGGAGACGCUGGACGAUAAUGUGUACCGGCAUCUCCUGUACAUCCGUCACUUCCUGUGGAGUCUGCGGAGCAAGAGCCCCCACGCAAGUGACUUGCCAGAGUCUGAGCCCCUGAAGCGCCAGCUCUGCCUGCUGCACUCCCUGAGUGUCACUGCAUGGGCAGUUUGGCAAAGCCCAAAUGAAGUGAGCCCCCCCCAGCCCCCGCCCGACAGAUGUGCUGCUGCCAGGCACAGAGGCACUCCAGGGAGCCUGGCUGAUACACUGCUUGGUUCAGCUGUGAUUGCCGGAUGCUCUCCGAUGCCCUAUGACUAUCCCACGCCAGCUUCCUCCAGUCGCAGCUCAGCCACGGAUGAUUUCUGCUACGUCUUUGUGGUCGAGUUGGAAAAAGGGCCCAUUGGGCUGGGGAUGGGCCUGAUUGAUGGCUUGCACACCCCUUUGAACUCUCCUGGCAUCUACAUCAGGACCCUCAUCCAGGACAGUCCUGCAGCCUCAGAUGGCAGACUCUCCCUAGGAGACCGCAUCCUGGCUGUUAACGGCACCAGUCUGAUCGGAGCAGAUUACCAGAGUGCCGUGGAGCUCAUCCGGUGCGGAGGGAAGAAGCUGCGGUUUCUGGUUGCCAAGUCCGACAUGGAAAUAGCCAAGAAAAUCAGCUCCAGCUCAUCAUCGUCCUCUUAACGCUCAUGUUGCAAGGGCCUGUCCAUGGCCCCCUGCAAACGAAGCUGCCGCCAAGGCCAACUACACGAAAUCUGGUGGGAUGGGCAGAGACUGUGCCUGGAACAUGGAGGAUCCAGUUGAAAUUGCACCAUUCCAGGACUAAAGAACUGUUCUCCAUUUGCUUUUCAGCCUGCUGGGGGUCUCUGUUCUGCUCUGCACUGCUGAGCGAGUGGGGGAGGGGGCUUUACCAUCCAACCCCCCCUCCGCUCACAGCUGUAUCACUGAUGUCCUUCCCCCUGCCAGCCUCAGCAUGGGGUUUGCAUAGCCCACCCCACGCUCCUCUCGGCAGAGGGGAGAUCCCGUUCCAGGCAGUCAGGGUGCUCGUGGGCUCCACCGAGGUUAGGAACAAGCUAUUCCAUUCCUCUGCACUCAGUGGGCACGGCAGGGCUGGUAGAUGAGCUUGCCUGAUUGGGAGUGGGGGGCCCUAGUGGCGGCUGUUGCAAUUAUUGCGUUACCUAGCGCUGGCACCUUGGAGAUUUUGAACACCUAGUGAUUAACAUAACAAUUACAGUUAUCAUAGGCCAGAACUGCCAGGGAACGUUUAUUACAAACUGAGGUUCCUGGGUGGCUGGGCUGUGAAAGGUGGCAGCAGAAUGUCCCCCCUCACCCUUCAAGCUGGAUUCCCGAAGUUGGGGGUGUUUUACGUACUAAGAAAUGACAGAACAGCCUGGGUGCCGGAAAUGACUGGGGGGCUGCACAGGCAGUAGCAGGCCCAGCUGUGACUUUACAAGGACAGGCUUUAGCACCGUAAGCUGACGUGUGGGGCUGUCAUGGUGGAACUGAUGUGUUACAUUCACUUCCUCCACAGCCUGAGAGUCAGUUCACCCUGCCCUAGUGUAGUGCCUUGCUGCUGUUACACUAGGCCCAUCACCCCUGGGCCCUGCACUGGGGAUGGAAAGUGGCUACAGCAGAGAGAAAACAGCGUGAGAGCAGCUGCAACCGCUCCCAGGCUUGGCAAGAGGGCGCUGCUGGAAGGGUCCUUCUCCUUUCCUCAUCACCGUCCCCCACCAAGGAGCGGGCCACUCCCCUGCUCUGGCAUUGGCCCUGUUGCACAGGGGAGCUAGUGUUAAAUCUUCUCUGUGUCACUGAAGCUUCAACAGCUUUCAGCAACAUUGGCCUGGGCAAAGGCUGUUACCCUGUGAAGCCCUCAGCCCAGGUGAACUAAUAUGACCUCUUGCUUUGGUAAAGUACUCACAGGGGUACAACCUGCGAUCCAUUACAAAAUGGAGACAUGGCUGCAACCCAGGCAGAGUGGCUGCUCUUACGUGAUCUCUUUGGCUGCAUGGGUGAUGCCUUAUCCUAUGCAGGGGCAAGCCCAGGCUAAUUGGAGAGACAAUCUUUUUUAUUGGACCAACUACUGUUAGAGAGAGAGAGACACACAACGGUUGAGCUACACAGAGCUCUGCUUCAGGUCUGGGAGGGGCACUGCUAACUACAAGAUCCAACAGACAGUUUAGCAUAAGUACUUACCACAUAUUCUAACCAUUCAAGGGGAAGCGGCCUGUUAACACCCCUGUAGUCAUGUAGGACAAAAAUGGGGCAGAGGGUUAGAUUGGUGGAAUAAGCCAGAAAUCCGUAGCAGGCAGCCUGUAGCUCAUUAGUAAGCGAAGAAGUCAAACCUCCCCCACAUAAAGCUAAGGUCAUACUUUUGAAGGCACCGCUACUUUUGCAGCUGGACUUGACUAAGUGGAAAGGGCAGCAGUCAGAUGGCUAGUAGCCAAGUUGCAGGCCCCAGCAGGUAUGUAAAUCGAACUAAAAGUAGCUCUGGGGGUAGUUGAAUGUGGAUGCCAAAUCAGAGGUAGUUUUAAAAGGGGUAGCCAGUGCUGUAACAUACAGGCAGAGCUGGGGAGUGCGCCACGGGCCUGAUUCUGUCUCCCAUGCACCAUCCCAUCUUCUGCAUAUCUCGGCUGCUCAGACCUGCCUGCUUCUGCCAUGCCGCUGAUGUUAAACAACGUCUGGCCUUGAAAGAGACAUUCCCCCUUUUUGGAAAGUCAGUCGCAGCUUGAACUGCUUAUUCCCAAGAGCCCACACAAAUCACUCCACUCUCUCCUGCCAACCACAAAGCAAGGCGGCUGCUCGACCAUGUGGGGAAAUGUUUUAAUUGCAAGUAUAUUCUUCCAGGCUGUUGGAGAUGAGCUCUGUGUGUGGGUUAGCAAGUGCAGAGAGAGAAAACCCUCCCCUCUGAAGCCAAUGGUAAAACCACAAACUAAUCACUGUAAGGUGGAAGUGCGGGGUUAGCCCACCCGCCAUGCCACAGGGUUCUGUGCAGCCUCAUGGGCAAGGCAUCUAAACCCCCAUUGCAGCUCUCCACAGAAGGCGAGUGUCUGGCUUCUGUGCUGCGGCAUACUCAGAACACCUGGGCUAGGCCACCUGGACAGCAGUGACUAGAGAUACCCUUUAAUUGGAACAGAAGCAGGUAACCGCAGGAAGACAGCUCAAGGCUCUUGCUGCCUUAUUAACGGUCAAAAGAACUGUGAACAUUAGCUUGACCUUCCUCCAUUGAGCCCUGGAAGCACCCCCCGGUCCAUGCCCCUGCCAGCUGAGGGCUGCAGAGACAGGCACAAGAACUGCCCUCGAGCCUCCAGGGAAUCAUGUAGAUCCUCCCUGCAGCCCCGCUUGUCCCAGCCCAGGGAGCAAGAGCCUGAGUUUGCAGCAUGACAAAGCAGGCCCAGCUAUGGCUUGAUUCAGCAGUACCAAAGCAGGCCACACACAUACUGCUCUCCAGCUUUGCAGCCCCCCCUCCGCCCCUAAGGAGAAUAGCAUAACUCACCCCACAGGAGAAUCAGCCAGCCUCCACAGCUGGAUGGGAAGCACCAAGGAGUCAGUCCCCAACUGUCUCUAGGCAGCACUGCUUACUCUGCUAAAUAUUCCUAUUGCCGGAGUGCAAAGUCAGGGGCCCCUGGAGGGCACACGCUCGCUGCCAGCAGCAGAAAGGGGCAUGACCACUCCCCCAUUCUUGUUAACACUGUACAUCUCUACAAUGUAUAUAGUUCUAGUGCAGACCUGGAACAAAGAUCAGUGCCCCCCGGUUACAGGGCUGCUAUGUUCACGGAGUUGUUCUUGGUGUGAAAAAUAAACUGGAUCCAAUAAAACCUCCCUAAGCUCCAUUCUGGUGGCAGGGGUUUGGAGCCUGGUUAGGCCUUGCCAGGUUCAGUUUAACUUUAGAGCAAAAAGGGAACAGGGGCAGGCCCUCGCUUACCUAAAUCAUUCCCGCAAGCUACCUACGCUUCACACCAUUUCCUGGCCACAGGACUUGCCGUCUUGCUCUAAGCACCUGUUACAGGCAGGGAGAGCAGAGCAGGUGGGGUAGGAACAGCAGGAGGAGUCGCAAUGCAGUCAGAGCAAAGGCGAAGGAAAAGACGACAUAAUAGCUGAGUGGUAGGACAGGGCAAAGUGCCCCUCAAGGGACCUGCUUUGGAGACGGCCCUCUGGAUUUUCAGACCCUUCCAGCCCACAGCUCCUUUGGCUGCUGCCAUGGGCUGUGAAGGGAAGCAGGCUGGGCCCCUCCAGCAGAUGCCCCUCAGGAAAACCCCAAUUCACAUACACUAGCCAGCGCCCUUCCCCUGUAUCUCUGGGUUUGUCUGUCUGGGGUGCAUGCGGAGUGAGUGAGCUGCUCCUGUCUCAUGGGGGUG